CCAAUAUUUCUUAUUUGAAUCCAUUUUAAUAGUCCUCAUUCUUUUGAUGUGAUAAAUGAAAGAAACCACGUCCUUUUUCACUGCUAUGUUCCCACUGCCAACACUUUUUCCUAUAAAACCCACUCUCCGGUGAGAUUCUUUUCAUUUUUUUGUAAAGGAUCCAAGAUUCCUGUAAACUCUUCAAAGUAGAGAAAUGGAUAGAGCUGAAGAUAGGGUAGAGCACGGAUUCAACCCAGAAGAAGAAGAUAAGAAGGGGUUGAAGGGAGAUGAGAUGUCAGUGGAACAGAUCUUUGAGAGACAGGAAGUGCCAUCAUGGAGGAAACAGCUGACGAUGAGGGCCUUCGUUGUCAGCUUUGUGUUGAGCAUAUUGUUCAGUUUCAUAGUGAUGAAGCUUAACUUAACAACAGGAAUCAUCCCAUCUCUCAAUGUCUCGGCUGGCCUGUUGGGCUUCUUCUUUGUCAGGACAUGGACCAAGAUACUCGAAAAAUCUGGUCUCCUCAAACAGCCUUUCACCAGGCAGGAAAACACCGUUAUUCAGACCUGCGUGGUUGCCUCCUCCGGCAUCGCCUUCAGCGGAGGAUUUGGGAGUUACCUCUUUGGAAUGAGUGAACGCAUUGCCAAGCAAUCAGGGGACUCUGGGGGUUUCAAGAAUCCGUCACUCGGAUGGAUUAUUGGUUUCCUCUUUGUUGUUAGCUUUCUUGGUCUCUUCUCUGUGGUGCCUCUUCGGAAGAUCAUGGUCAUAGACUUCAAGUUGACAUAUCCAAGUGGUACUGCAACUGCACAUCUUAUCAAUAGCUUCCACACUCCUCAAGGAGCCAAGCUAGCAAAGAAGCAGGUAAAAACAUUGGGCAAGUUCUUUUCUUUCAGCUUCUUGUGGGGUUUCUUUCAAUGGUUUUUCACUGCCGGAGAUGAUUGUGGAUUUGUUAGCUUCCCUACAUUUGGGCUUAAAGCAUAUAAGAACAAGUUUUACUUUGAUUUCUCAGCAACAUAUGUUGGAGUAGGGAUGAUUUGUCCCUACAUGAUAAAUAUAUCAGUGCUGCUUGGAGGAAUUCUUUCCUGGGGUCUAAUGUGGCCUCUAAUCGAAACAAGAAAGGGUGAUUGGUAUCCUGCAGGUCUUCCUUCAAGCAAUAUGCAUGGUCUACAAGGUUACAAGGUAUUUAUUGCCAUUGCCAUGAUUUUGGGUGAUGGGCUAUACAACUUUUUCAAGGUGUUAAGUAGAACCCUCACAGGCUUGUUUUAUCAAGUUCGAGGCAGACAAGCUCUCCCCAUUGCAAACCAGCCCUCUCCGGAAUCUGAUACUUCAAAGAAGCUAUCUUAUGAUGACCAGCGACGAACCCAGCUCUUUCUAAAAGAUCAGAUUCCUACAUGGUUUUCUAUUGCAGGUUAUGUCACAAUUGCUGCCAUCUCUACCAUUGUUGUUCCACACAUCAUUCAUGAACUCAAAUGGUAUUACAUAUUGGUCAUAUACAUCUUUGCACCAACACUGGCUUUCUGUAAUGCAUAUGGAUGUGGACUGACUGAUUGGUCCCUUGCUUCCACCUAUGGCAAGCUAGCAAUCUUUACAAUUGGAGCUUGGGCAGGUUCACAUGGUGGAGUCCUUGCAGGACUGGCAGCAUGUGGUGUAAUGAUGAACAUUGUAUCAACAGCCUCUGACCUAAUGCAGGAUUUUAAGACUGGUUACCUGACCCUUGCUUCUCCCAGGUCCAUGUUUGUUAGCCAAGUGAUUGGCACUUCCAUGGGCUGCAUAGUUUCACCUUGUGUUUUCUGGCUGUUCUACAAGGCAUUCGAUGACCUUGGGCUACCUAACAGUCAAUAUCCUGCUCCUUUUGCAAUUGUGUAUCGCAACAUGUCUAUAUUGGGUGUACAGGGCUUCUCUGCUCUGCCAAAAAAUUGCCUCUUGCUGUGUUAUGUGUUCUUUGGUGCUGCCAUCGCGAUAAACUUCAUUAAAGAUAUGCUGGGUAAGAAAUGGGGAUCCUUCAUUCCACUUCCAAUGGCAAUGGCAAUACCUUUCUACCUUGGGCCAUACUUUGCCAUUGAUAUGUGUGUUGGAAGCUUGAUUUUGUUUGUCUGGGAAAAGUUAAACAAGGCAAAGGCAGAUGCAUUUGCACCAGCAGUAGCCUCUGGUUUGAUCUGUGGGGAUGGUAUAUGGACUUUGCCAAACUCAAUACUUGCUCUGGCAAGGGUUAAACCACCAAUUUGCAUGAAAUUUCUGUCGAGGGCAACAAACAGUAAGGUUGAUACGUUCUUGGGAUCAUGAAGUUGAAUGAAGUUGGUGCAUGCAAAAUCUAUGGAUACUGAUAGCCUUGUAAAAUAUCCCAUCAAGUAUUUUAUAGGUAUAUGUUAUUUUUUCUGUGUUUCAUUCUUCCUGGUGUUGACAAAAACGAGUAUGUUCACUAUCAAAGGAUGUGAUUAGCAACGUGUUAUAGGUGAGUCAGAAUGAAAAUUCAUAUAGUUAAUAUCGUCCUUGUUUUAGCAUGUCUAGGAUAUUUGUUUGUCUAAGUUUUCAAUUACAGGUAUUGGAAUUUCUCAUUUCUUUUCCAUAUCUGCACAAUUUCGGUAUAUUAUCUACAAGUCUUGAUGUUCCUUCGAUCGAUUUAUAAAUAAUACGUAGCAUAGA